AUGUCCUCAAGCAUGAGCAACACCAACAUCCAGGCACCUGAGCACAAGUCCUGCCAGGCCUGCUUCGACACCGACAACACAGAAACCUUCGUGGCUCUGCCUUGCGACCAUCACUGGUGCCGCGACUGCAUCUCUCAGGCCUGCACUCAAGUACGCAACGAGCGCGACUGGCCCUUGGCAUGCGAAGAAGGGUGCACUUUCCCCGAAGAGAUUGCACUGGAGACUCUGCCUGGAAUCGAAGCCACGCGCCUGAAGGAGAAGUUGCGAGAGCUAAAGACGCCUAUGCGCGAGCGCUACUACUGCGCCAAUAGAGACUGUGGAGAAUUUGUCGCGACAGUCGUCAUCGGCCCCCUCGCUCGCUGUGAGGAGUGUGGCUGCCAGACAUGCAAGCAGUGUCGUGCACUCGAACACGAGGGUGAUUGUAAAGGUCCCAGCCAAGAAGACGAGCAAGCAGCUGCUCUUAUCAAGAAGNNAAAAAAAUGGGCAGAGUGCUCGGAGUGCAGCAGAGUGAUCGAAAGGACACAAGGAUGUCCUCGCAUGACCUGUUACUGCGGCUAUGAAUUCUGCUACCACUGCAAAGGCCCCAUCCGCGCAUGCAACGGCUGCUUGCAUCUGGAGCCCGACAACAGACCAGCACACCAAGCCGGGAUUGAGGCGGGAUUCGGACGCGUGCGGUACCUACACCAGGACCUACUCCGGACAUUACAGACCGCCAUCGUCUCCGUGAGAGUCUCUACUCCUCCUGACUCGGCUGUUGGUGUGACCCAAUGGUUCAACGACCGACUCCAUGAAGACGGGUUUCCCGGCCAUGGAGUGCUCUUUACUACCAUCGAGUCUCGGCAUGCUAUCCAUCUGCCUGAAGAUAUGCCUGGUAUUGCCGAACUCGAGGUCUCUGACAAUUCACUGUUCUCGCUCUUUGGCACUGCUCGAUUGGAGGUGCAGCCUGAUGGUACCUCUCUCCUGUUCGAUGCAGAGGGUGAGGAAAUCGAGCAGGUCGAUCAACAGGAUGAUGACGAGGAUGAGGACUGGGAUAUGUGA